AUAAUUUGAAUACCCUUUCGGUGUUUGAGGUUAUGGCCUCAGAUCUUUUCAAUUCGUCAUCACAAUUCACAUUCUAAAAACCAUUAUUUUUAGAUAUUGAAAUCGACUUAUCGCGCAUUCAUUGAGUGAUCUAAACACACUAAUUGAUUGUUCGAGUAAAAAUGGGCUUCUUCAGUUUCAUAUCGAGAUUUCGGCGCAAGAAAACGACAAGGGAAAUAUUAGAGAAACUCGAAACGAAAAUACGCAGUAUAGAAGAAGACGGUGUAUCCAAAGAGGAGUCGCAACGCCGCCUCAAUAGCUACGUUAAUGCCUACUCUGUGGGACUGUACGUGUUGUUCCUGGUGCUGUAUUACUAUGUCUACUUAGGCAGAGGGCAGCACUGGGUUCAUUCUUUGAUGUACGCGUCGCCAUUCGUCGUCUUCCCUAUAGUUGCAAUAUUCCUUCGUUCGUCCAUAUCGUGGUAUUACAAGAGAUCUCUUGAGAAGAACAGAAUGACGCUGAGCAAGAUGAGAGAGGAGAAGAAGAAGAUACUGGAAGAAGUUAUGAACACGGAAACAUAUAAGGUAGCGAAAGAACUUCUAGAUAAAUACGGGACGCCAGACGAGCAGUCAAAAGCCCUGAGGCCAUUCGUGCCGAGCGCCAAUGUACCCGGUAAAACUCCUAGCUCGCCAAUCCAAGCAACGCCGGGCCAGCUGAGACAGCGACAGUUGGCAGCCCUCCACACCUCAACGCCGAUCAGCAACAGUAUGAAUGUCGUGGCUUUGAACACGCCAGGGUAUAAAGGACCAAGGCUUAGGUCAGAUCAGCUCCCGCGGCCGCUUCUGGACAAGAACCGGUCAGCGCUGGAUAAAGUGGUCGACUACCUGCUGAAGGAUGGACCUAACCACCGCAUGGCCCUCAUAUGCUCUGAUUGUAGCUCGCAUAACGGUAUGGCAAUGGUCGAGGAAUUCGACUAUGUGUCAUACAUCUGCGCUUACUGCGGCAAACUCAAUCCGGCGAGGAAACAGCGACCCGCCGCCCCUUUGUUGACACCCGCGAGGGCUCUGCCUGCCCCGCAGCGACUGUCGAUGGCUGGCGAUGACUCCUCUGUGGCCAGCUCGGCAAGUGAAAGCGAAGACGAGAAGAAAACUGAUACAAUUAAUCCUGGAGGUUCAGAAGGCGAAUAUGAACGCCCUCCGUCCAGCGGAGAAGACGAACAGUCGCCCAAACCCGAACAGGAUAAAAAAGAAGACUGAACGACGCGACCUAAAGCGACAUGAGGCAUCUCGAAUUUCGAAAAUAGAACACCUGCCAUUGAGGCGAAACAAAUGAUUUGAAUUGGCCAGCAUUGAAUUUUGAAAAGAGAACCCGUCUUUUGGCGAUGAAGACAUUGGCCACAGUCUAAUUUGGAACGAUCGCCUUUUCGCGAAAUUGUAAUUCGAUUUGAGGCUCGAAUUCUAUUUUGAAUGUAGAACACUAUUUGGGUAAUGUUUACCGAAAUGGUGAUCUUGUAAAAAAAAGGAAAAAACUAGGUACAGGUAUAAAUAUUAAAAAGAAAUUAUCGAUUUUGUUAUUAAAAGCUUAAAUUAUUCUUAAUUAUUAAAAUGUAAUUAAUCAUCAUCCUGAUGAAUAUUUUUACAUGGAUUGAUAAUUUUAUUAAUUAUUUUUUUCUAUCAGUUGGUCCUUCGCUAGGGAAGAUUUCAAUAUAGCUGACUCACACUAUUUUCGUUCGGUCAAUGUCGCUGACAAUAAAGGUAUUACAUUUGGACACACAAUAAAAUACCGUGCCUUGCUAUAUCAUACAAUCGCGUUAAAUAAUCUAGUGUAACUUAGGAUCGGGUUUUGCCUAUAGUUUCGUCGCUUUGUCUUUUAAGACAUUUCUAAACGUCAAAAAUGUCUAUAAGUCAUAGUUAUAAUUCCUUUGUGUUUUUAUUAUGUUAAAAAAGUAUUUUUAUUGAUAAAGCAUCGAUACUAUUAAAGUCAUAUUACCCCCAUCCCUAAACUAACAUUAGCUCUAAUUUGAGCAUUUUAUUUAUUUAUGCUAAGUUUAUGGAUCUUAAUAGGUUUAAUAUUAAUUUCUUCGGCUGGUACUUAAAUUUCAUUUAAUUAGACGAAUGGUAUGAUUUUGUAUCUAUAUGCAUCAAUGCCAAUACGAAUGAUUUCGUAGUCAGUUGGCGGCCAUCUUUUUGACAAAUGGGGAUAACACAAAAUCAUACAAUUUCCUUUCGUAAGUUCCUUAUUUAAAAAAUUAACAACUUGAUAAAGCAGCGCGAAAUCGUAUAUAGGGUGAUUCAUUUAAACAGUAUCAAAACUUUCUUACCUGCCAAUUACAAAUUGUAAAACUAAAUGUUCCAAAGAAACCCAAAUCGAAGUAUAAAUUAGUUUUGCCGUCUCAUAAUUUGUAAGCGAUUUUAGUUAAUCGCACUAUACUAUAUGAAAAUUCUAAAUUAUAUGUUUUAUAUCAGAUUAAUGUUUGUCCUGAAAAAUUCCAAAUUUCAAUUUUUAGAUAUUGUUUAAAAAUUCAUCCUUUAUAGCAUUUAUAGAAAAUGUUUAUACUCAAUGCUUUUUCUAGUCAAAUGUCUGCUCCCUUUAUUCACGAACGUUGACAACGCAUACGUCUUACCUCUCUUUUUGUCUUUGAGGUUAACCGCAGUGUAAGAAAAAGAGGUAAGAUUAUACAUGUCUUAUCAACGUAAGUGAAUCGACCUGACCCGUAGAAUGGCACGCACGAAGCCGUUUUCAUCCCGCGAAUAACUAUCGCUGUCUCGUUUCACGUUAUUAAAAAAAGCGAAACAGCGGUAGUUUUUCGUGCGAUAAUACCAGCGUCGCGCGUAUCAUACUGCGAUUGGCCUUCAAUUAUCACCUUUAUGUGUAAGUUAGUAAGAACCAUGACUAAACUGACUAGAAGCCAUACUCCUUAUAAGUAUCUAUGAAAUUCAGAAAGGAGAAUAAAAAGCUUUGAAAGUUUUCAUUUACAUUUAUAAAAAAAAGUCAUCAAAGGUGAUCCUUUUAUCAUGAAAUUAUUAUUUAGGAGAUUGGCUUCUAGUACCUAUUUUUCAUUUUCGUGGUAAAAACUAUAUUAGAUAUUCCUUGGUAUGAAUUAUUAUCGGGUUUGAUUAAAAUACGGUUUGAUGUAGUGAAAUGGUUUACCCGAACAUAUUGAAAUGUGCGAACGCAUGCCUUUAAUGGUUGUGAAUUCUACAGGCAUUAUUGAAUAAAUUUGCUUUAGAAUCACGUAGGUAUCAAGCGCGAAUUUGGAUGUAUGUGAAUUAAAUUAAAAGUAAAAAAAUAAGGAACAAAAAAAAAGAAAGUGGUACGUGUGAUUUGGAACAUUAAGAGAUAAAAGCGUUAAAACUAUACUUGUCUCUUUUACCCAUGCAUUAUCUAUCUUAACUCUUGCGGGUUUGCCACGAUCGCAGGCAAUGCAUAUAUUUCGGUCUUUUUCUAACCUCGGAGUUAGAAAGAGAGAAGCUAAAACAUAAGCCUGUUUUGUGAAUAAACCCCCAGAGCUGUGUUAGACUCAUCUUUAACAUGGUCAAGGAGGUCAGACCGAAGUCCCUCGUCGUAUUACCCUGACCUUCUAUUACAACAGCCAAGAGAAUCCUUCUAAAAACACUUAUGUAGCCAUUUAUGACUUAUCCCCGUGGAAAUACAAUCGACCUGAAAACGUUAAUAAUAA